AUGGCUUCAUCGGAAAUCGAAAUCGUAUCAGAAUCAGCUGACCAGAAACCCUCCAAUAGGAACCCUAAUGAACUCCAGAUAAUAGACAUUUAUUCAGCCUCUGCGUACGGAGACUUCGAGAAGCUCCGGCACUUCGUCGAAAACGAUGGCGUUUCGGUUUCCCAACCUGACGGAAAUGGCUACUAUCCCCUACAGUGGGCUGCCCUCAACAAUUUCGCUGACGUUGUUCAGUACAUAAUUGAGCGUGGAGGUGAUGUGAAUGCUUCGGAUAAUGCGGGGCAAACGGCACUGCACUGGGCAGCGGUUCGUGGUUCAAUUGCAGCAGCGGACAUACUGAUGCAGAACGGAGCGCGUGUUGAGGCUGCUGAUGUUAAUGGUUAUCGGGCGGUUCAUAUAGAUGAUAGAUUUUCCUACGACUCUGCAUGUACAUCCACCAACUGA